GACUUUUGUGUAUUGGUUUGUGCAGACGCUCCCUGGUGUGGUCACUGUAAACAUCUGGAGCCUGUUUACGCCGAGGCUGCUGGGAAACUGAAGGAGGAGAAAUCUGCUCUGCGUUUGGCCAAAGUGAACGCCAUUGAAGAACAAGAGCUGGCCGAGGAGUUUGACGUCAGAAGCUUCCCCACGUUGAAACUGUUCGUCAAUGGAGACCGCAAGCAGUCCGUUGACUACACUGGUAAGAGGUCAGCAGAGGGAAUAAUCCAGUGGAUGAAGCAUCGCACCAGCGCUGGUGCUGCAGUGCUGGACUCUGUGGAGUCCGCGGCCCAGUUCGUUGAGGCCCAUAACAUUUCAGUCGUUGGAUUCUUUGAUAGUCUGGAAAGCGAAGCAGCCGUGGCCUUUAAGGAAGUUUUUCUGGAUCAAACUGAAACAGAGUUUGCUCUGACGGCUUCUCCGGAAAUCUUCCAGAAGUAUGAAGUAAAAGCCAACUCAGUGGUGCUCUUCAAAAAGGUAUGAUCGUCACCUGACAUU